GCGCGCGCAGCUGCCGGCGGAGCGGGGGGCCCUGGCCCGUGCCCGCUUGUGCUCCGGCCCAUGUCCCGGCCCCCGGCGCUGCCCGGCUCCCCGCGCCGCUUCGGGGUGCUCAGCACCGCGCAGCUCCGCGCCCUGCUGCAGGACGAGCCCCGGCUGCAGCGCGCCGCCCGCCUCAGCAGGAAGUUUCAGAGUCUGCAGCUGGAGCGGGAGAUGUGUUUGGCUUCAAACUGCACCCUGGCCAGGGUGAACCUGUCCCUGCGCCCGCGGCUGGAGGACGGGAAGGCUUCCCUAGCCAUCAGGUACCAGGAGCUGCAGGAGAUACGAGAGGCAUGUUGGGACAAGCAGCAGCGUCUAGAGGCUUACCUGGAGAAGUGGAGCCCGCAGAGUGCCCUGAGCCAGCUCCAAGCCAAGCUCGAUGCCUCUGAGGCAGAGUCGGAGGCACAGAUAAAGCAGUUCCUGGCCCAGGACCUGCCCCUUGAUUCCUUUCUGGAGUCCUUCUGCCAGAGCCGCACACGCUCCCACAUCUGCCGGACACAGCUGGAGAAACUGCAGGAGCUGCUGCAGAAAGACCAGGUGGGCAGGGACCCUGUGGGCCCCAUGGGGUGCCCAGGUGCCCUGGCUAGCCCAGCACCAACCCGCCUUGCCCUGCUUCGGAAUGGAGUAGCCCCCAAAGCCUUCCAUCUCUCCUAUGGUUUUGUGCCUGCCUUUCUCAUCCCCUCGGAGGCUGUUGUGCCCUUUGCCAUGCCGGCUGUGCCUCGCAGACACCAUCUCCCAGCCCUGGGACACCAGCCAGCAUCUCCCCGCUCCAAAAUCCCCAGCCCGGGCUCACCCCUGCGCCUCGUUGGACACAUCCCCCUGCUCAGCCCCCAGCCCUUCUGCAGGCAGCAGUGGCUGUGACACCAGAAGCUGGAGCCUCCACACUGGUAGCAGGGCAGGGAUGGGGGAUCUUCCCGCUCCUGGUCCUGUGCCUCCACGGGGGCUGCACAGGAACACCCUGGCCAGGGAGCACGUGGGGGUGGGUUUGUGGUGUAGGCACAGCUCCGAGGGGCUGCGGUGUCUGUUGGGCAGGCAUGGGGUGGGUGCUCACAGGGGGUUGGUGGUGUUUGGCCGGGGGUGGGAUGGGGCGGGUGCUAUGGCCAGGCACUGCACUUGGGGAGCUGCUGGGGGGAGGUGUCUGCAUCCACAGCAAGAGGAACAGUGACAUGAGGUGGGCGCGGGUGGUUUGUAGGGACGUCGGUGGACUCUAUCAGGUGGGAGAUAGCAGGGAAGAGGGCCCAGGAGCAGUGGGCACCGUGUACUUUCUAAAUAAAGGCUCUUUUCCACUUUCUGUGUUA